UUGACAAUAGACACAUCCGCUUGUCAAAAACUUCUAGGCAUGUAAAAUUUUCGAAAUUUCUGUAGUAUACUACAUGGAAAAAAAAUUAAAUAGUGCUUUGGAUUCGGCAUAAAAGAUGAAUUCGACGUAAAUUUACAAUGUAUCGACUAAACUUGUUAGUAUCAGGGGCGGUGAGAGGGGGACUUUGUCAGUCCCCUCUCAAAGUCCAGGCCAAGAACUAUAGGAAACCGGCUGCGCCUUGCCACACCCGACUAAGUCCUCCAGAAAAACGCCCUUGUUUCGACAUUCGAUCGGUGUCCAUUGAGUACGCCAACAAGUGUCACCCGAGGAUUAUCAGGUCGUUCCUGUACUCGCAGUACUGGCCGCGGGAGCCGAGCGUGUCCGGCCUCUGGAUGUCUCUCGAUUGCCCGUACCUAGACAUACUCACCGAUAAGUACUCUAAUUCUGGUGAUAGACUUUUAGCAUUUGAGCACAUAAAACGGACUGGAGAACGAAAACUAAUUGGUGUUAGCGUGGCAAAUAAGAUCUUCCCUUGGGUUGCUGACGAGCUGGAAGACUGGGCCCACUGCACUUGCUCGUACCCAGAGAGUCACAGGAUGUACUUCAUCGCUCACUGCUACAGAAGUCCAAACCUCUUCCAGAAAUAUGACGUCAACUACAUUUACGAGAUCGAAGUGCUGGCGACUGCAGCAGAGGUGACAGGCCAGGGGGUGGGGACCCUGCUGUUGAAGACGGCCCUGGAGCAAGCGCUGGAGUUGCGACAUCCCCUGGUGCAAGUGUUGGCUGUCAGCCAAUACACUGCGAAGAUCUGUGAGAAAUGCGGCAUGAAGCGGGUCUGGUCCAUGGAUUACACAGACUUUGUGGACAACAAAGGGCGCAGGGUCUUCUUCCCGCGACGUCCUCAUCACACAGCGGCCGUUUAUAUCAAAAAGAAUGACCUCAGCAAACCUCCACCAGAACCAUGUAAACCGCCAUUUUAACUGCCUAAAUGCCACAACGCACGAGCCGCGGACCGCAGUGGAUGUCAGUCAGUUGUCGUACCUAUAAUAAUCCUUGUUUAAAAGGAAAUAAAAGAUCGUCAGUUGUUUCACCAGCAUGUUACUCCAUGCUUUAACGACUAGAAGCAUGUCACGAGUUUAUUAUGCCUAUACAAAUGAACAUAUGCGCGACCGCCAUACGCCGCGGUUAACGGCUCGUGCGUGGUUUACUUAACUACUAAUAGACACAUCAAAAGUGUCAUGUCUAGGGAAAUGAUUUUGAAAUAAAACAUAACCAAUCGAGU